GUCAAACUGUCAAACAUUGAAACGUCAAAGCAUAAAACAUAACCUAUAAUAAAUAGCUGACUAUCAUUACAUAGCGCUUUUUGUUAUUGCAAAUUGUCGGCCCGAGUUAUUUUGUACAAUGGAGUGUCUACUUGGUAUCAAAUUUAAUGACUACGUUCUUGUUGCUGCAGAUAUGACUGCAGCGCAAAGCAUAAUUGUAAUGAAAACAGAUGAAAACAAGCUUCAUAAACUUUCCAAUAAGCUUGUUAUGGCUGUUUCUGGUGAGUCUGGGGAUACUACACAGUUUGCAGAGUAUAUAGCAAAAAAUAUUCAACUUUACAAAAUGAGGAAUACCUAUGAAUUGAGUCCCAAAGAAGCUGCAGCAUUUACUAGAAGAAAUUUGGCAGAUGCACUCAGAAGCAGAAGUGCAUACCAUGUAAACCUUCUUCUAGCUGGAUAUGAUGACAAAGAAGGUCCUCAGCUAUAUUACAUGGACUACCUAGCAUCCAUAGCAAGCGUUGAUUAUGCUGCUCAUGGUUAUGGAGGAUUCUUUUCACUGUCAAUUAUGGAUCGUAAUUAUCGGCAGAACCUUAGUAAAGAAGAAGGUUACGAACUUUUGAAAAAAUGUGUGAAAGAAGUUCAGAAAAGAUUGAUCAUCAAUUUGCCUAACUUUAAGGUGCAGUGUGUUGAUAAAAAUGGCAUCCAGGAUAUGCCUAAUAUCACUGCUAAGGAUUUGGUUUAAUUUAGUUUGAUAUAAGUUAUGUAUUUUUUUAUUAUUAAAUAAACUGAAUUUUCUUGUA